AUGACCGCUGACAGCAAUCAACAGCAGCAGUUACCAUCACUACUUAAUUAUUGCCAAAAAUACAUCCCAGAACCACACAUCACAAAAUGGUUCAAUAUCAUUAUUAAUAGUUAUUCUGAGCCACAUCGAUACUAUCAUACAAUAAAUCAUAUCACGAGAAUGUUGAAUCUAUUUGAAGAGUUCAAAGAGAAAAUCGUAAAUGAUAAAAUUAUGGUUUUAGCCAUUCUUUUUCAUGACAUUGUCUAUGAUCCAAAAAAAUUCAAUCAUAAUGAAGUAGAGAGCAUAAAAUUAUUUGACGAGUAUGCACAAGAAGUUGAAUUGACUGCAACAGAAAGGGAACACGUUUCGCUUUUUAUCACUGCGACAAUUCAUCAUGAAUUGCCAUUAUUCGCGAUUAACAAUAACGAUAAUGAUGUCGACGGCAGAAAUGAUGAUAAUUGCAUUAGGGAAGAUUUGAAAUUGUUCUUGGAUCUCGAUUUGGAGGUAUUAAAAUAUGAUGAAUACGCAAAACAAAUCCGACAAGAAUACAUUCACUAUUCCACCAAAGACUUUUCGAUCGGUCGUGCAAAAGUACUCGAAAAAUUUCUCGCGCGUGAUAAUUUAUAUUUUUCUCGAAUAUUUUUGGAGAAACGUAGUGGAUGUGAAAUGGAUGCUCAAGGAAUAAGGCAGCAUUCGGAAGCGCCACAUCGACCACGUAUUUCUAUUUCUACGUCUGCUGAUGAUUUUAAUAAUAAUAUGAUGCAAAGAUCACUUUCUCCAAGAAGCCCAAGUCCUUCGCUUCUUUCUUCUUCCUCUUAUUCCGGAACUAUUCAUCGAGGUAGAGCAACCGGAUCUACGACAUAUCAAUCAAAUCCUCACCCAGGCAAUUUGUCGGUAGGGAAUCUUCCACAUUAUAGACAUACGUUUCCUUUCGCUAGAAAUUCUUCUGACAGAAUUCAUUCUCUUAGAACAGCUAAAAGAUCGCAAACUACAAUUGAUUAUCCAUCGAUAGUGUCACCUACCGCUACGUAUUCAACAUCAUCUUUUGAUAAUUUUGAAAGCAAUGAUAAAACUGUUAGAUCAAGAUCUCCCGAAUCAUCUAUUCCUUCUGCGAUCAUUCCCACUUUACCCAAAAAUUCACAACAAAAAUCAAAUCGUCGUAGAUCUUCAACUCUGUACUAUCCGCCGCCUCCCGAAUAUCCCCCACAGGUUACCCGAGAACAAGAAUUGAACAGAUAUAGCUUUCAUUAUAUUGACAGUUGCCAAAUAAAUAAUGCAAUUCCAUUAUCAAAACGAAGUUUAACUGGAUAUACAACAUUAAGAUCACGUGACUCUAUGAGUUACGAAAAUCGGCGAAAAUUAU